GGAGUCCAGGAAUUAAAAAUUAAAUAACCUAGAAUUAUAGGAUAGAAAUUAAUUUUUUCGCUCGACAGAUAUGAAACCGUAAUCAAUAAGGAACUGGUGAAAUAAAACCCAUUGGCUCGAAUCGCCGAUGAAAUUUUCAUCCUUUUCUUGUUUCCCUCCCUUCUCUCUCUCCCUCGAUGUCUGCGGCCGUGAGAUCGAGGACCGUCGGGGCGGCCGCGACGGCGGCCGUCCAUUCGGUGUACGUCUCCUCCCGCAGGAUGCACGUUGGCAGGAUCUCCGAUGUACAUAGGAAGUAUCGUCGGCGGUGGGACGACUUCUGGUCCCGGGCCCCCCGGUUCUUCCGCCCCCUUGAGCUGGUCUCCCUCCAGGGCCACCUCAUCGACCGGGGCGCCCUCGUCCGUGCCGCGCCCUGGCCGGAGACCACCGGGCGGUCCACCGGGGAGCCCCCUGAGAUCUGGCAGCAGCCCGGGGAUUCCGGGGCCUCCGUCCACUCGGCGAGCCUGGGCCGGAUUAAUUUAAUUAAGGUUGGAGGAGGAGGUGGAGGGGGAGGGGGCUCCGGGGCUGGAGGCGGUGGCGGCGGGUCUGGCUCGAAGGAGGCGUAUUGGGGCGGUUCCAGUCUUGGGAACAAGUUCCCGACCCCCAAGGAGAUCUGCCGAGGUCUCGACAAGUUUGUGAUCGGGCAGGAGCACGCAAAGAAGGUACUCUCUGUUGCAGUAUACAAUCAUUAUAAGAGGAUCUACUACGAGUCCUUAUCAGAAGGGUCCAUGGAUAAUUCCAACGAAAAUGAAGCUAGUACAACUGACUCUGAUAUGGUGGAACUUGAGAAAAGCAACAUUCUUUUAAUGGGUCCAACAGGCUCAGGGAAAACAUUACUAGCAAAAACAUUGGCUCGAUUUGUGAAUGUACCCUUUGUAAUAGCUGACGCAACUACUCUCACUCAGGCAGGAUAUGUUGGUGAAGAUGUGGAAUCUGUAUUAUACAAGCUUCUAGUGGCUGCUGACUUCAAUGUAGCGGCUGCACAGCAGGGCAUUGUCUACAUUGAUGAAGUUGAUAAGAUCACCAAGAAGGCUGAGAGCCUCAAUAUUAGCAGGGAUGUGUCUGGCGAAGGUGUUCAACAGGCAUUAUUGAAAAUGCUUGAAGGAACAGUUGUUAAUGUGCCUGAGAAAGGAGCUCGGAAGCAUCCAAGAGGUGAUAGUAUUCAGAUUGAUACUAAAGAUAUCCUCUUCGUUUGUGGAGGUGCCUUUGUCGGCUUAGAAAAAACUAUCUCAGAAAGGCGACAUGAUUCUUCCAUUGGCUUCAGAGCACCAGUACGUGCAAACAUGCAGACUGGCAGUGUGACAAAUGCUGCAGUGGUAUCCUCCUUGUUAGAAUCAGUCGAUAGUGGUGAUCUCAUUGCAUAUGGUCUGAUACCAGAAUUUGUUGGAAGAUUUCCGAUACUUGUUAGUUUAUCUGCUCUGAAUGAGAAUCAACUUGUUGAGGUUCUUACCAAACCAAAAAAUGCCCUCGGAAAACAAUACAUAAAGUUGUUUCAAAUGAAUGAUGUUAAGCUGCAUUUUACAGAAAAGGCUUUGCGGCUAAUUGCAAAGAAAGCAAUGGAUAAAGAUACUGGGGCUCGAGGUUUGAGAUCAAUAUUGGAGAAUAUAUUGACAGAAGCAAUGUAUGAGAUUCCUGACAAAAGAACAGGGAAAGAGAAAAUAGAUGCUGUAGUGGUUGAUGAGGAAUCUGUUGGAUCUAUAGACUCACGUGGAUGUGGAGCUAAAAUUCUUUGUGGUGAAGGAGCAUUGGAGCACUAUCUUUCUCAACAAAAUCUGAAAGAAGAAACGACCCUCGACAGGUCCGAGGGAGAUUCUGAAGUGGAACUGGAGCUUCCAUCCAGAGUUGCUGGCAUGUAAACCUUUGAGAAACUGUAUUUUACAUAAAUUUUAUUUAUCUGUAUGCUGAUUUAAUUUGAAUUGGCAGCCCAUUCAAAUGUGACAUUUCACCCAUAUAAAAAAUGAUAGUAACAUGCAUGCUUCAUGGCAAUAUAAGAUAUCGAUUAUUUCGAAAAACGACUGGCCGUCAUCUUGCAGUGGCAACUGGUUGGGACCUGUUCAGGAUUUGACAGGCUACAGAAAUGAAAUAUAUUUGUGAUUUAAAA